AUGUUCUCUUUGCGGCAGCUAGACCUUCACCCGAGGAUCAUCGGCGCCCUCAACAAAGCUGGCAUUCGUUCGGUGCGAGACGUCUUGCGCGUGUCAGCUCCGGACCUGCAGAGGUUGACUUCCUUGUCGGCCGGCGAUGUGCGGCACCUCCUGACGGCCGCCGCCCUGCACUGCCGGCCCCGCCGCCCGCUGCCAGUUUUGAAGGCGGAGGAGACCGGCGUGACCCUUAGCUUGGGCUGCCCCCUGUUGGACAGGCUGAUGAGGGGCGGUCUUCCCGUAGGGGCCGUGACCGAGCUGUCCGGAGAGAGCGGCGUGGGGAAGACCCAGCUGGCUCUGCAGCUCUGCCUCUCGGUGCAGUACCCGGCCCGCCACGGGGGUCUGGACUCAGGCGCCGUCUUCGUGUGCACAGAGGACGCAUUUCCAGGCAAACGUCUGCGGCAGCUGAUCGGCGAACAGCCGCGGCUUCGCCCCGACCUCCCCGCGGACGUGACGUCCGGCCCGGGCUUCGGCGACCGCGUUUACGUGGAGCACGCCCCCGAUCUGGCGUCGCUGCAGCAGUGCCUGAGGCGACGCGUGGCGCUCUUGCUGGCCCGCGGCUUGGUCCGCUUCGUGGCCAUCGACUCGGUGGCGUCGCUCUUCCGCUCUGAGUUGGGGCCGGCCGAUUGGCAGGAGAGGAGCAAGGAGCUGAUGGCGCUCUCGGCCACCCUGCGCCACCUUUGUCAGCAAUAUAAUCCUGCCGUGCUCUGCAUCAACCAGGUGACCGACAUCUUCAGCGGCUCCCAAGAAUAUUCGGGUCCUUCUUGGUCCGACGUGUGCCCGGCGCUGGGCUUGGCCUGGGCCAACCAAGUGACUGUUCGGCUGAUGUUGCGACGCCUGGGUCGGACGGUGAGCCGGGGCGGCCGCGACAGCGCCCUCCGGAGGCUGGAGGUGGUCUUCGCGCCUCACCUGCCCCGAGCGGGACGCCACGCCGCCGUGUGGAAGGAGGGCGUCCGAGGACUGGAGGGCGACGACUGA